AUGACAUGGUGCCAAGCGCUUUGGCUCCUUUGGCUCUCCGUGGGAGCGCAAAAUGCGCCCAACCUUACGGAGAUUUGUGCAUAUCCGAGGCCGUGCUCACAGUUUCUUGGUGACAACAGCCUUUGUGUGAAUCUGGAUUACGUCCGAGCGUAUGACUUCCAGGCCGCCGAAGACCUUUGUGCUCUGGUGACGCCUGCCCAUGGAUUCAACCGCGAUUUCAUAAUUUCUGCUGGCCUCGCAAACACGAGCCGCUGCAUUUUCGAUUGGAAGGGCGAUGGCAGAUGUGACCUGUCGAACAAUCACGACUCCGAGAAUUGCCAAUUCGAUGGAGGUGACUGCUGCCUUUCCACAUGCCAGACCAACUGCGCGGAAGAGCCGGACCUUUACGAGCGGCCACCAGCUGUGCGUUUAGGGAACGAGUGCGAGUAUUUUUGCGGCGAAGAGGCGCUGUAUUGGUGCUUGGACGACGAAGCCGUCCUCUCCCCAGUCAGGCAGUGGUGUGCAUUUGGGCAGAUCAAAUCCACAUCGCGGUGCUACAUGUCCAAACUGGAAGUUGCCAGUGCCUUGCAGCAGUGUAUGCUGGACGACCGCGUCCAUGGCAAUUCCAUCAAUGCAGGGCCGCAGUGUGGCAACCAGACGCUUACCUGUACCCUCCAAGAUGUGGAGGCCCAAAACGGAUGCCACCUCACAAAGGAUGAUUGCUUCACACGCAUGUGCUGCACCGAAGCCAUCGACAACGGCUUCAUCACUGCUAACCCCGAGACCAAUGCACUCCCCUCGAUUUCUGCGAUAUAUGAUUUGUGCGAGACGAGUACAACCGAUAAUGAUGAACCAUGCUUUCCAUAUAUGAUGAACUGCAUCCAGGAAGCACGCGCCGCCAAAGGUGGUUGCUGCUCCUGCGACACAGGCUGGGGCGGUUGGCGCUGCCGCGACCCUCUCUGCUGGCCACGCUGUGUGCACGGGACUUGCAUAGCACCAGAUCUUUGCCACUGCGAAGCCGGUUGGAAAGGAGAGGCAUGCCAGCACGCCAUCUGCACUCCGGAGUGUGUGCCAGGUCAGGGCACCUGUGUAUUGCCGGAUGUUUGCGAGUGUUUCUAUGGUUGGGGCGGCACCUCCUGCGAGGUCCCAGUGUCAGAACCAGCCUGCGUUAACGGCGAUGCUGUGUCACCAGACAUUUGCCGCUGUGCGGAGGGCUGGGGAGGACGACUCUGCGACUACCCUUUGUGCCAAAGCUGGCCAGUACCCUCGCCAGAGUGCGUUCACGGCACUUGCAUUGAGCCCUUCGAGUGUGAAUGCGAACCUGGUUGGAAGCCUUACCUACCCAUCAAUCAGACGGGCUUCGACAUCAUCCCGUUCUGGUCGCGUGGUCAGGAUGUCUCGCAGGAGACCGCAGGCACCUAUGUCAAAGCCGACUCCCGUCUCUCUUUCCUGUCAUUCUGGGACCGCCAGUACAAUUCAUCCAAUGCUGCGCAAUGCACCGUCCCGGAAUGCUCAGUUGUCAUUGACCCACGCUGCCUUGAGUGUGAGCCACCACCAAAUGGCAGGUGCUUGCGGUGCGAGCCAGGGUUCUUCGUCGACACCGCAAUCGACCGUUGUGAGCGAUGCUCCAAUGUUUUCCCACAUUGCCACAUUUGUGGCCCAGAGCCCACAGGCCCGGAUGGCAAAGUCGUUUUGCGCUGCACGCACUGCGACCCGCUCUUUGUCCUCGAGCCAGUUGCCUUCGGUGAGGACCCCACGGCUCGCUGUGUCUCCGAUGGCCCCAUCGAGUUUAGUUCCCCUGUGUACCACGUCUACAAGGACCAGGGAAAUGUGACGUUGGUGGUGCAGCGCAGUAUUUACGCGCUUCGCCCGGAGUUUGCCCGGCCCAUCACCGUUAUAGUGCGCACGCGGGACGGCACGGCCAAGAGCAGUAGCAUGAUGUAUGGAGGUGAGUUUGCCAGCUACGAGGCCACGGUUGCCAACAUUACCUUCGGAGUGGAUGAGUCCGUGAUGAUACCGGCGGAAGGUUCAAUGGCUUCGAACUUCUCCGAGGCCUUGACCGCCCGCUUUCACGAGCGCAUCGAGCUGCCAAUUUUGAUCUUCGACGAUGUGGUGUACCACCCGGAGUAUCGCUACUUCGAUGUGGAGCUUGUGCUUCCCCCAGAGCAUUUGAUCGGACACCAAGGCCCUUUGUACCCCUUUGUCCCAGCUCGUCAGCACGAGACAGACCAGGCAUGGAUGAUGCCACAGAAUGUCUACCGUGCUCCGGUGCUGGAUAGGCAGGAUGUCCUGAGCAUUGCUCGGAUCUACAUCUGGGAUCACGUCGAAGCGACCGCUAUCAACACCUGGUGCCAGGGUGAUUGCCGGCAGUGGCAGUCCAAGACUCUGGUGGGUGAUGCACGCAAUGUGCUCAUCCAAGCCCGCACCUUCGAUGACCAGCCGAUCACUCCGCCCACCUCCAUCCGGCCGGAUCCACAUUUCAUCAUCAAGUACCUGCCGAGAGGGGAGGGCAACGAGGAGUCAGUGGGUACAAUCACCACAGCCACCCCGACAAACUUGGUAGGCACCUACGCCGGCCGCUUCAUUCCAACCUUGGCAGGCAUCUACAAGUUACAAAUCGAGAAGCCCGUGGCUGGAAUGUUUGCGGAAUAUUGGUGGCACCGGAACAUCCAUCGAAAUUCUCCCCAGCAGCCUGACAUCAGCCGGGUCGACCACACCUUGAACUUUUGGUUUCCAGACGUGGCGACUGCACCGGCCUUCGUGAGAUGGAAAUUCAUAUUGCACUUUGCCUGCAUCCGAACCGAACGGUGGCCCUUCAACUUCGGGCAUGCGCUGGGCAUUAUCGCAUCUCCAGGUAGCGAGGUGCGAGCAUUCUUCUGGAAUGAUGGCUCAGUUACGAAGCGAAUUCCGGAUGAUGUGGUGCCCCGCAAGCGCGAGGAGAUGAUUCGUGAGGACUGCAUGCAAGAAGUGCCCUUCUUCAUCUGCAUCGACCUGCUGUUUCACGAUCCUGUGGUAGAUCCUUUUGGGUUCUACGCCUUCGAAAUCGAGUGGAGCACGCCCAUGGUCGAUGACAUGGAGGAGAAAAAACCCACAUCAAUCGAGAUAAUGCUCUAUCAUCAGAACGACACGGACUACUGGGGCUGGUGGCCAAUCAGGCAAGGCUGCUUGCUUUCAAGUGGCCUCAACAUCCAAGGCAGCCCCUACGAGGACUUCCAGGCCAUCAGUGGCAAUGCGCGGCCGGACUUUUCAACAGUCUUGGCGCUGCCCUACGACACACUCACGAUGUCUGUCAUUGUAGACAGCCCGGCUGAGGUGCGGAUUGACCUCAGGGACAUUCUGGGGCAGCCCGUGGUGGGAGGCGGCAUGCUGCGCAGCCUGAGUGCCCGGUUGUACACUUUGCAGGGAGUCAAGGAGAUGGACUUGCCCGUGCGCUGGAGUGCUCAAGGGUACUACUCCGCCGCGUGGACUCCGCUGCCCCCCGACCCGAUUUACAACGAUGAUGUCAGCACCGGACGCUACUAUCGGCAGUUGAUUGUUCUGCUGGAUGGAAGUCAAAUUCAGAACUCGCCCAUGUCGGUAGAGAUCUUGCUCGCGGUAUCCGACGAAGACCGAUCUUUCGUGGAAGCGGGUGACUACACACCUGCGCAGGCGGGCGAGCCUGUUUGGUUCCAGCUUCGAUCGGCCACCUUGGCAGGUCGGCUGCGUGUCACUGGCGGCGACAACUACGAAGUCUACUUCGAUGGCCCCUCGCACGACCCUCUGGGCGUCGAGGAUCAGUUUCGGGGCAAUGUGAUCGACAACUUUAACGGCUCCUACACUGUGAGGUUUGAGAUCCAGAGGCCUGGGCGGUACAACAUGCGGAUCUUCUUGAAUGGUGUAGAGAUCCGUGAGUCGAGACUAGUUGGGUCUCCAUACAAAGGUAUUUUGAUAUGGGACGACAUCAGUGCGGCGCUCUCCACUGCAAUCGGCCCAGGCAUCAGUCCCGUAGGAUCUAAAACAAGCCCCGCGCAGAUUAUCGCAGGCCUGAACACGACCUUUGAGAUCAGCGCCAAGGACUCCUAUGAGGUGCAAUACUUCGAGGGGGGCGCGACCUUCGCGUUGAGCAGCCCGGCAAUGCACCAGGCCCCGGCCCUCAACGAGACGUACGCUGCCCAUGUCCCCGCAGAGGACUACAUCGACAUUUUUGACAAUGGAGAUGGCAGCUACACCGUGGACUACCUCCUUUGCAAAGCUGGUCUGACAACCAUGGAUAUCCGCCUCAAAGUGCAAGAAGCAGGAGUUGAAACCUGGGAGCCGAUCCAGGGCAGCCCCUUCCUCAUCGAGGUACUUCGCGGAGAGUUGCGGCCUUACACUUCCAAGGUGCACCCGCCAAUGCUGCCACAGAGUGGAGUUCCGGCCACUUUACGUCUGGACUUGCGUGACGCCUGUGGUAAUGAGGCAGAUGAGGAUGCCAUGAACAGCCUGCAGAUCCAGUUGCUGCGCAGCGAGGGUGGGGAUGUGGAGGCGCUUGCCUACGAGGCGGUGCGUUCCGGGCCUGGGGAGGUCAUCGUCUUCUUCACACCCGGACGUAGAGGACAUCACCAAAUUCUGGCAAUGCGAGACGGCGAGCAUUUCCAGGCAUCGCCACUGAGCUUCCAGGUGUCUCCUGCCGCAGUGGCACCGCGGGGCUCGGAAUGGCAGCUCGCGGCCAUCGGUGCAUCUGCUGCUUCGACUUUCGAGAUUUUCAAUUCGCCAACUUUCGCUGGUGAGCCGGGCAUGCUGAAGGUCACUGCUCGAGAUCUCUGGGGCGAUGUGCUAACCCAUGAGAACCACAGCUUCAUCGUCAGCUUCUGGCGCGACACAGGGGGGCACGGUGAGUGCCCCAGCCUCGCACGUUGCAUGGCCGCCGCCAUCAGCCAGGAGAUGUGCGAGCGGCUGCCGCUCUGCCACUUCGAGCCGGUCUGGCGCCAGUGCAGACCGAACUGCCACGUCUCGGAAGCCGCAGUGCCGUAUCGGCUGGUCAUGCCAGAUGCUGUGGUGAAUCAGACGUCAGUUCACGCAGAGGUCUAUGAGUUCUCCCUGCAGACCACCGUGGCUGGUACCUACCACGGCGCAGUUAGCGUCCUGCGGCCAGGGGCAUUCUAUGCGUAUUGGUACAAUAACCCACAGCGCUCCAAGCGCGUUUUCUCUGAGAUGAUGCGAGGUCCCUUGGACAUGGACUGGGGCAUCUUCGGCCCUGGAGGCACGCUGCCAGGCAAUAAGUACUACCUGCAGAUUAUCGGUUGGCUUCGGGUGCCUUCCACAGACAGGUACGUGUUCCAGCUCACCUCUGACACCGGUGGUUACAGUCGGGUCUUCCUGAACGGCUCGGAGAUCACACCAAGCGAUGGAGACCCCAGGAUGGAGGUGGAUCUUCUCCAAGGGUACAUUCCUAUUGAAAUCUUGUAUGACCACUGGAUGGGAGAGACCACUCGCAAUGUGGGUGCCUUCUUGAAGCUCGGUUUUGGAGGUCCUACGGUGCCAUUUCAGACGUUGCAGGCGGAUUUCAUGUACUAUGAGGAAGUCUUGCAUCAGGCCAACAAUCCCUUUGUCCAUGUGGUGGAGCCAGCUAUACCUGUGCGGAGUCUGCAAGCUGUUGGAGGGGUGCGCGGAUCAGUGCCUUUGCAGGCCAUGGCAGCUCGGGAUGUCUUCUUCCGUUUGCAGUCUGCUGAUGCCUAUGGCAACCUUCAAACCCGGCGGGACCCCGCCUCUUCCCUGCGGCUUCGCGAAGACGAGCUGGGCUUGGUAAAGCGCAUUGUUCCUCUGCACAGUGGAGCUUGGGACGUAGUACUGGUCCCGAGGGGCCCUGUGGGCAGGCACCGCCUCACAUUUGAUGUUUUCUCUCAGGCCAGCCACCAUGGUUCGCUUCAGCCGGUGGCCAACUAUAGCGUGGAAGUGGACCUUGUUACGAACCUGCCCGAUGCGGACCUGACCACUUUGUUGUGUCUUCCUCCACCGCCUUGGCCGGUGGGCGUGGAAGUCACUUGCGCUUUGAUCCCGCGCGACUCUGAAGGUAACCAGGUUUCGGGCCUCCAGCAAGUGCACCUCUUCGCCCAGCCUCCACCGCCCUUCUCUGAAGAGCUCACGGCAUCUCUGCACGUAGCGGACCCCAAGGACGUGGCAAGGCAGUUCAGGUUCUUCCCCACAGUUGCUGGCAUGUGGACGCUUCGUGGUGAGGCCAUCCUUGCAGAGGAUAGGGUCGUGAACUUCCGCACCUGGCCCUUCGAGGUCCUGGGUGGCCAGACCUCCGCUUACCGGAGCUACUCGGUGCAGCCCUCUCGCAUAAUUACCGGCAUCCCAUUCAACGUGCCCAUCUACGCUUUCGACGAGUACGACAACCCUUCCGAGGGGGGGAUGGACAUCUUUCGGCUGAAGACGACCGGCGGAUACGAGGAGCGUCUUGCUUUGCAGCCGCCUGUACAGUAUCUUGAGAACAACACUUACAUGGCCUCAAAUCUCGUUGCAGAGUUCCGAGACUUGUUCGAGAUCCACAUUGACCAACUUGCUAUGCUUCACAAUAACAGCCUCUCGCAAUGCCCGGAGCUUUCGCCAGUGCCGGGCGGCCAAAUUUUUGAGUUGAGUGAGCAACGUGCAAUCGGCAGUGUCGCGCAUUUACGGUGCCUUUCAGGCUUCAUUGCGGCCGGUGGCGAAGGGGCACUACGGUGCUUAUGGCCCAAUGCUUCUGCCUCGCGACAUGUUGUGGGUUAUGCCGAAUGGUUCAACUUGUCAUCCAUGCCAGCGAGCGGGCUGAUGUGUCGAGAGCAGCUGCUCUGGUGCCCCAUGCCGCCUUCUGUACCUUUCGGCCAACGUGUUGCACUUGAUUGGCGUCGGCAGGUUGGCAGCGUCGCAAUGUCGGAGUGCCUGCAGGGACACAUGCUUCUCUUUGGUGACCUGGAUGUGGUGUGCGGCUCGCGCGGAGGACUGGGCACAUGGCUCCAUGCCGAUGGCACUACUGCCACGGCGGCUGCUUGCAUGCCCAUCCAGCAGCUUUGUCCGGAACUUUCGCCCGCAACCUCGGAUGUUGUUGCUGCGAGCGAUGGCAGGAAUGCUGGCAGUGUGAUUCAGCUGCGCUGCAAAGUAGGACUGGUUCCUGCCGCAGGUGACGCAGUGCUAGUUUGUGGUGCUGACGGCAUGUGGCUGAAGCCGCUGCAAACUCGGCCGCAGCCACUGGGUGAGGUAUUGGCCUGUGAGCCGGAUCCGUUUUUCUGCUCCGAUCCUUCACUCUUGCUGGGGCCGGGUGCCGUGGUGCAGCAGAGUGACACCCAUCUGAAUGACACGGUGUCCGUGACUUGCAGUAUCGGCUUUGAGGAGGCCGGUGAUGGCGAAGCGACAGGGAAGUGCGCGAUUGACCCCGAGGACGACUCGAAGGGACGCUGGGCGAGCCCCACGGAUGUGACCAAAGGCCAGGUCCCGUGGCGGCCCUUGCGCUGCCGCCGGCGCCAGAGCUACUGCGGCAACAUUGAGGUGGAUCAUGGCCAGCUGCUUUCGCUUUCCGACGAGCGCUAUCUUGGCUCGGCUGCGCUGCUGGGCUGUGCAGAGGGCUACGAAGCCAAGAGUGGCGAUGCCAACUUCCUCUGUAGUGCUUCCACUAUCGGGGCCGGUGAGUGGUUGUCACAAAGUGGCGCUGGCUUGAGUCAGAAGCUGAGCUGUGGUAAGGUGGCCGAGUACUGUCCUCAGCCGGUGCCACCAGAAGGGACUGACUUCGUUCUCUCCGUGGGAAGGGAGCUGGACAGUGUGCUCACGUUCCAGUGCCACCUGGCUUACGAGCCGAACGUGGCCCUGGAGUAUCCACCCGAGCUGUUCUGCCGGCCAGGGCCCGUGCCGGGUCGAGGCCGCUGGUCCUCUCGGGAUGGAAAAGGCUUGGAGCCAGAGAAGUACCUGAAGUGCGGCAAGCAAUACAACUGGUGCCCUCGACUCAGUUUGGUGGAUGGCCGUGUCAGCAAUGUUCUCGACAACCGCCAGCUGGGCAGUACAGCGCAGCUACGCUGUGAUGCGGGUCUCCAGAUGACAUUCGGCUCCGCGGAUCUCGGGCUCGUGACUUUGGAUGUGAAUUGUACUAGUGGUACGCCAGCGGGAGGUGUAUGGAUGGCACCGGAUGGACAAGACAUCGCAGGCCAACUUCAGUGCACUCCAUUGGACUACUGGUGCCCUCCAUUGAAUGGCUACACAAUCGUAACGGCCACGUACCGAGAGCUCGAAUCUUUUGAGCGCUAUGUCACCUACAGUUCAACGACCCGUGCCUACCGCAGCACCGCCACGAUUCGCUGCGCACAGGACAAGCGCAUGCUCGACAGCUACGGCGACUCCGAGGUAGUUUGUGGAUUGGAUGCAGAGGGCAUUGGUGGGGCGUGGCGAAGCCAGCACGGGGGACACUUGGCCAUCAGCAAACACUGCUUCUACACCGGUUCCCCGAUUACCGACACAGCCUUCAUCGAAAACGGCUGCUUCUUCGGGGAGUUUGCAGGUUCGCUUGACAAUUAUUCCAUUCCCGUGUACUUCUUUCGCACGGGUGCCGUUAUCUUCUGGCACCAGCCAACGGAGUGGGUUGUGGGCUCCACUGUUCUGGAGGGCCAAAACAGUAAUUGGCAGAUCAAGUGGGUUGGAGACGGUAUCCUGAAUGCCAGAGUCGACCGAGGCGUCGGCGAACUUCAGAUUGAUGUGACGCAGAACUUCACCAAAGGGCCCGGGGACUGGUUUCACAUCGCCUUCAUUUGGGACUUGGGAGUAGGAUUGGCAGGCCAGGGGCGCAGCUACCUAUGGGUAGACGGGAUUGAAGGCCAGCCCGUCGCUCUCAAUUCUGAGAGGCUGAACCACUUCAUCUGGGUGGAACCCCAGGACGGAUUGGACCUUGGCGGAAUUCGCAGCCCCAUGAGUCCUGGUGAAUACAGCAAUAUCCGAGUCUAUACCCGAGCACUGACCGGAGAGCAGGUUUACGAGAUCUUCAGUCAGGAGGACCCAACCUGUGGCAUGACGGAUGAUGUUUGCCCAACACCGUGGUCCUUCCGGUCAUAUGUGUACGAGGUGACGAACCCGAAUGACUUCCGAUACAAGCUCUUCCCUCGCCGUCCUGCUGCAGAGGUGUUUUUCAAAUGCGAUCCCGGGUACACUGCCUUCGAUGGUGACAGUCACAUCAUAUGCACCAGUGCAGGAACCUGGUUGAAAUACGGAACGAACCAACUGGCGCAGCCACUCCGAUGUUGUCGGCACGCAGAGGACUUCUGCCCAACUAUCGACCUCACAGGUAGCGCCGGGGCCGUGCUGACUGCAACGGGCUUUGAAGUCUUGACGGAAUGUGGGGAGAUGCCUGUCGAUGAUGGCCUCCCGCAACCUGUGGUGAGCUUUGCACGAUGCUCGGAACCCCCUACUGCUGCAUACGUUAUGGUGGAACUGAGCGACGACCUGAACAUCUCCAGCAUAGCAUCGCUGCGGUGCGAGCACGGCUUCGAGCCUUUAGACCCACUCACCAUGGAUACUGAGCUGAGAUGUGUUCGAGGCACCGUCCCUGAGCCGCUGCUAUCCGACGUCGUCGUGCCAAGUCGUUGGAUGACGAUUGAUGGCCGUGAGCCUCGGCCUCUGCACUGCCGUGGCGUUCAGAACUUCUGCCCCGACCCGCGCCUUCCGAACACCACCGUGAUCAUGCUUUCAGAUUCACUACGAACAGGUUCUAUAGUUCACCUCCGGUGCCUUGAUGGCUUCGCAGGUCCGGUAGUGGAAGCAACCUGCGAGAGGUCUCCAGACAACAGUGGCAUGUGGAUGAUCGAGGACAAUGGCACGCAGCCGCUGACAAGCCUCGACCCUUGCACGUAUCUACCACAGAAUCAUUCGGAGGAGGAGCCCGAAGAGCUCCUGGUCCCAGGUGCUGUCUGGAACUGGGAGGGCUGCGCGCAGGGCGAGGGAUCGGCCAUGCUCUCCGAUCCAUCUGUGCCCCUACAUGCCAGCGGAGGCACGGUUUCGCUUUGGUGGCAGCUGCCGGCAGACCUCGAGGAGCGGUUCGUACUUUGGUCAUCCAUGGAGAGCAGCUGCUUACAAGCCUUCAACGACACGAAUGCCACCGAGAGUGUGCCCGAUUUGCCUGGCGAUGAUGGCACCACAGCAAGCACCACAUCUUCAUACUUGUCUUUGUGGGAACAAAACGACACCAACGUGUCGAACAUCUCACUCGAUGGUGUGAUGGAUCCAGAGGAUGCGAACGACUUCGACGAGAGUGUGAACCAGAGCAACGCCUCCAAUGAAACUAUGAAUCUGACAUUGGACGAAGUGAACGCCAGCGAGAGCAACGAGACCCGCCAAGGCCUGGACAGUGAUGCCGAUCUCGACAGCGACAACGACACUGACAAUGACUCCGAAGUUGAAGACGCUGACAACAUCACCUGGAGAGAAUCCAACGACACACGCUUCGUGGAUGUCAACAACACUACGGACGAUAAUGACACUGCCUCCACCAUCAAUGCGACGAAGGCAGAGAAUACCACCACCAACGACACGAACGAGUCGGAGUCGGGCGACACUCUGAACGAGAGCAACCAGACCCUUGCGAAUUCCACAGAGCAGCCUGCAUUGCAAGAGCCGGUGAGCCUGCCGAUGUCAGAGGAGGAAAUAGAGCUUAACGAAUCCGACGGCAACACGUCCGAUGACUCAGAGAAUUCCACCGAUGAAGCCGUCAACGAUAGCAACAGUAGCGACAAAGAGCGAAUGAACCUGAGCAAUGCCACUAUUGCCACUAUUGGCAUGCCCGACGCUGAUGGCGGCAGCGAAGCUCUUCCGCAGUGUUUGGAGAGUCCGCACAUGGUGGUGACUAGAGGCAUCUUGCAAGUUCAGCUGUCUCAGGGCCUGGGAGACUUUUCGGUAGACUUGGUUCGGCUCGGGUUACGUAGCGGCCAGUGGCUGCACCUCUCGUAUGCCUGGGACGACGGAGGCAUGGAGACUCGCUUGUGGCUCAAUGGCACCAAUGUCCUGGCAAGUGCAACCACUACAACUUCCACGAUGCCCUUGGACACGGUAGAGAAUCUCACAAACAUGACAGAGGCCGAAGUGGACAUGGACGAGCUGAAUGAGAAUGAGACCUACACUUCCGAGGCCGAAAGCAACGAAAGUCAAGACAACGUUUCCUACGACUCCGAGAAUGUCACUGCCAAACUGGCAGAGGAGAGCAAUACUAGCAAUAAGAGCGCAAGCGAGGCUACAGAGGAGGGCAGCGAAGAGUGGCGUGAGGUUUUGGAGGAGGCCAGGCAAGAGGGAUGGAUCACACUCCCUGCAGCGGCGAACUACAACACGACCCUUGACAAUGACUUGGAGUUUCAAAUUGUCAUGGGUUGGCCACUUGACUCCACGGAAUUCCUGGAGCAUAUAGCCAAUAAUGGAUGGCGAACGCUGUGCAGGUUGUACGACAAGCUCUUGCAGGACUCCGAUGCAGAGCAACUCUCUCAUGAGCGGCCAUACUGCCCUGUAGUGUUGUGCCCAAGGCCGGAGGAAGGUCGGAUGCAGAACUCAUACAUACGGCAUUUCCCUCGACGAGCCGUUCCCGGCGAGAUGCUUCGCUUGGCUUGCCUGCCAGGCUACUACGCAACGGCUGGCCAGGAGGAAUUGCACUGUGGUGCCUCAGGGAUAUUCAUGGGCAUGGCCCUGGAGUGCUGCUCCUUGGACCCCGAGUUCUGCCCGGAGGUGCCUACUCACUGGAGGCAAUCGAUCAACAGCGCGCCAGAGACUUUGGCAGACGGCAUGGAGAACCUGAUCGUAGAUGUCUAUGAGCCAUCAGACCCCUGUGAAGGCGACGAGAACGGUACAGCGCAGUCCCUCGGUGCUGAACUCCACCUGCACUGUCCUGCUGGCUACCUUCUCGUAGCAGGGACACGACACGCCAUCUGCUCGCAGAAGGAUUCGGAGGAGGAAGGCAUGCGCUCGUUUUUGGGAGUGUGGAAGGACCUUGAGAUUGGAGGGGAACUGAGGCUGCCUGUCUGCGAUUUGGACGACAACUGGUGUCCGAUGCUCUACCCGGGCUACCAGAGUUUCAUCGUGAAUGCAACGGCCGGCCGGCGCCUCGGCUCCUUAGCUUUUCUCCGCUGCCUCGAUGACCAGCAGUUCGAGCCGGACUUUGGCAGUGUGACGGUCCGAUGUGGCAUGGCCACGGACAGGCAGUCCGGGCAGUGGGUUGAUGCCUUCGAUGCCCCCGCAACAGCACUGUCCUGCCGGCAGCGCGUCUUCGCCACCACCUCCACCACAACCCUCAGUCUGCUCCCAACCAGCAGUGGCGUUAUCUCGGGCCUGCCAGGUGACCAAGGCCUUGAUGCAUUCCGGCACCACGCCGCCAACGCCUCUCUGGGUUGCGGAUAUCCCUUCGUCAAUGUUGGAGGAGACACCCGCGUCUAUUGUGUUCUGGGGCCUUCCACGACCAGCCCUGACGGUACAGAGGGCCGAUGGGUUGAUCAGGACGGAAGCAACAUCGAGUUGCCAAUAUGUGUACUGCGCAGGGACUGGUGUCCGCAGAUUGACUUGGUGGGUAAGAAUAGUGAAGCUUUGCUGAGCAGCGCCUACGAGUUCGGAAGCGUGGCGACUCUCCGAUGUCACAUCGGUUACCAGCGCGUCGAGGGCAACAUCACGCUGAACUGCAUCAACCACGAGUCGCUGCUCUACGGCAUCUGGGAUGCAGAGCCCGUGCGAUGCGAGCUGUCACCAUUCUUCUGCCCGGCUCCUGAAGCCACGUUUGCUGGUCUAGUGCAGCUGGAGUCGCGCUUCCAGCGAGGUGAUGUUGUCAACAUGGCCUGCCAUGCAGGCUAUAGUUACUUGCAGGGCGAUUUGGAGGUCUAUUGCGAUGUUGGUGACAACAGCGAUGGAGGGCAGUGGAAGACGAGUGAUGGAACCGCCGCUAAGCCCGUGGUUUGUGUGCCUCAGCAAGAUUUUUGUACUCUACCGGUGGUCAACAACGGCUACGUGAGCUCGGUAUCCGAGGAGGGCAAGAUGGGGAGUAUCGUUGAGCUGCAGUGCCAGGAUGGCUUUACGGACUUGCGCUUGGACGCAUUGCAGGCGCUGCAGCGCACGGCUCGCUGUACCGAGGACGGCGCCUUUCAAGUUGGCAUCUCACGGGUCAGCCGGGAUCUGUUGCGGGCCACUUCUUUGGCUCAGGAUGUCUUGGACGAGUUGGAGUCCUACUGGGCAUUGGAUACACGAGAGUCGGAUCUCAAUUGGCGGGCACUGAUGCAAUUUGAGUACCGUUGGCGCUCGGAGCUCUCCUUGGGUUUGCGAGGUUUGCUUUAUGACAGCGCCGUCCGGGAGGUCUUAGUCCAAUUCCCAGGCUAUGAUGGUGGACUCACUGAUAAGUGGAUGGCGAUGUUCACGGUAGACGACGUCCGCAGGCUGGUAACCUUGCUCGAGGAGCAGCAGGGGAAGAUGCUGGACCUUGCUCAUCAGAACGGGCUGCCAGCUGGCUUGCAGGAAGAACCGAUACUCUACUGCAACCGAACACCAGAUUGGUGCCCGUUGCCCGAGCUCCCGGAGCACAGCUCUUUCGUAGCGGGCACAGGUGUCUCUGCAAGGGCCCUGGGUGAUCAGAUCUUCCUGGAAUGCCACCCCCAUUAUGUUUACGAUCUUGGCCUUCAGUCGCUGAUGUGUGGAAAUGCGGGUGAUGGUUCAGCAAUUUGGCGAGCGGUCGACGGUCGACAGGCACAGCCCAACAUGACCUGCAGCUUGAAUCGGCUUUGGUGUCCGCCACUCCCGUCACUGCACAAUUCUCAUAUUUCCAACAUGGAGCCUCGUGACCGGAGUGUCUACACGGAGGUUCAUCUCGAAUGCCGACGAGGCUACUAUCCUACGGCAGGCCACGCUUUCGGGCGGUGUGCUGAAUCCGGGCAAUGGUGCUCCAGCGAUGGACCUUCGGCGCACUGCACCGAGCCGGCAGAUUGGCUUCGUUGCGAACUAAUCCCCGCCUACUGCCCGAGCUGGCCGGGCAAAGAGGAGACAGGGCCUUAUGGAAAUGGUAACAGCAGAUUCCUCGGCAAUGAGCAUGAGCGCUCUGACCUGAACCCCCUUGCUCACAUCUUCCUGCGUGAAGUUCGCCAGCUGCCGUUGCCCAGUGCUGCCCUAGGAGAUAUCGUGACGCUCUCCUGCCCGCAGUACUUCUCCAGAGCUACUGGGGACGUGCGAUUCAAGUGCGGGCAUGGUCGAAACGGUACCGGUGAGUGGCAGCGAGAAGCCAUUGCGGCCACCUCCUACCUGGACAACAGUACGCCGGAUGCCCUGAUACAGCUAGUGGACGAAGCUAUCGCAGAGCCUUUGGUCUGUGAGCUGCAGACUCAAUUUGGUGUUCGUCGUAAAUAUUACGAGCGUUUGCCCGGGCUUUUCAGGAACCACAGCCGAUCCGGCGAGGAUGUGGUGCCCCACAUCAAUCAGAUCCAGUCGCCCUACGACGCUUCGCACUUCGAAGCAUAUCUCCGCCCGGAAACUCCGGGAAACUACACACUUUGCGUGGAGGUGGUGGGUUCCUUCGUGUUGACCUUUGACAAGGAGAUCUUGCUUUCUGCGCGAUCGCAAGGCCUUCUGCCCGAGCUUUUCGUGUCUAAGCCAGUGGCCUUGGAUGCAAGUCGCUUUCAUUCUUUCAGCCUGGAGUUUUGGGCAGAUCCUCUCUUACCAGAGCGCGUGGACACUGAAAUGAACUUUCAAAGGCACUUGCGCUUCCUCUGGAACUCCUCGUCGGAUCCACCUGUUCCGGUACCAUAUUCUGAGCUCUUCCACAGCUUUGAUACCAUGUACGGCUCUCCAAACUCGCACAUAGGAAUCAAUGACCCUGAGCCUUGCCCCUCCGGAGAAAUUCAGUACGUUCGAGGCUUGAACGAGUACGAGGCGGGAUGGGUGACGGACGGCUCUCUCGGGUUCAACUACAACCCGAACUCGCAAUGCCAGUGGGAGCUUGAAGCCGUUGGCAAUGUCCGCUUUACAGUGUUUUCGAACUUUGUGGACCUUGUUGACACCCAAGACUGCGCAGGGGAUCGCCUCGAGUUUCACGUGGGCUCGGGGAAUGCCCUGCGACUUCUUGGUGCCGUAUGUGGCAGCUACCCGGAGGGCACACCACUCGUACAGACGUCAAGCAGGCGUUUGGUGAUCCGGUUCGUCACGGAUGGCUUCGGAGAGAGGGAGGGCUUCAACGUCACCUACAACCUCACUCGCACAAACGAGAUCAUCGCGGAAGACACCGUCAUACCGC